CCGAUAUAUCUUCAGACGUCGUCGACUUUCCCCGGCGGCCAGUUCGUCUGGCAGCGAUUCUUCGCCACCGAUCUCGAAGAAGAAACACACGCCUCGAUACCGUCAGCUUUCCAAACCUUCCGAUCUCUCUUUGCGUUCGUUACUCGCUAAAAUAACUACAUAUUUCCAAAAUCCCUGAAACACGUUCGUCGAACUGGGAGGCUGUUACGAAGACACCGGGAGAACCGCGUCGCAUUUUGUCGCGCCACUUCGCGCGUCGUUCGGCGAGGGUUAAAAAGCGUGCUCGCGUCGCUUUUGCGGUUGUCGAUCGUUAUAAACAAAUGGCGAAGACAGAGGGGGGACUAUCGUACUAUGAGAUACGCGACGGCUGGCUGCACGGAGACCUGGCUCGCCAGAAAGACAGCGUCGGUAUUUGGCAAACGAUGACAGCGUGGUCGAGACACCACCUCCGGCUGGUCUCUGCUCCCAGGAACCCUAGACCCAAGUCUCUGCGCCUCUUCCGUCCUAUCUUCUCUCUGUAAUAUCUUCCUCCUCCUCGUCCUCUCUUCGUCUUCAUCCUCGUAUUCGCCUCUCGCUCCCCUUUUCUGUCUUUCGCAUUCGCUGCUCUCUUCGCGUUAAGAGAGGCACGGAGAGAAGAGAAGGGGCAAAGACGCUUUUAGACACGGAGCGUCCACGAGCGUCGCGACGCCUUGAGAAGCAGUAGUCGCGUACCUUAGGCAGCUUCCACCUUGCCGGCUCGGCUCGCGGCCGUACGUAACGUGAUUCUUCGCCACGUCUGCUACGAAACAUCCCCGCGAUCGCGUCGCGCUUCUUUGUCCACUCGAGGAACCCAUAUGUCGUAUGGGAACAGAGAUACGCGUGGUAGGAUACCUUAAAGAAAGGGGAGCAAGGACGAUCUCAGUGGUUCUCAAUUGGAGAACAAUCGGUGCUCGGUGGUAGCGAUCUCUAACGUGAACCAGUUCACUUUGCCUCAAGAUUCGUGAAUGCUUUUUCUGGAUAAAAUAUAGACAAUCGUUUAGCGUUGUCUCGACAAAGUCGAUCCUCGUGUCUGUCAUGAUGUAGAAUGCGUGUCAAUGAGAAUCGCUCGAGAAAAGAGAGAGAGAGAGAGAGAGAGAGAAAGUGUGUCGCGCUGAGAUUCGAGAGAAGGUGUAGAAAAAGGAGACAGUGGUCGGCUGAAUUUCGCUGGCAUCUGCGAAGUCUAAAUUAAUCUGGAGCCCGUUGUUGUUGAAGUUACGAACGCGGGCCUGCUGUUGCUAGUCGGCGUAAAAACAGCGUACGCGGAAUAAAACUUUCGUACGAGGAAUAAAAAUAAGCGUGAUACUGAGAAGCAGGAGGGAAUUGGAUCGGUUUCUACUCGCGCAUGGAAAGGACCGGUGAUUUCCUAGUCGGGACGAACAAGUGGUCAUUCGACACUUUGUAUCUAGGAAAAACGCUAGAUAACACUGGUCCGUUUGAUUCUUUCUCUUCGUGCAGAAAUAAGCGCGAUUACGCUUUCUCCUCGCGUGGACGCGUAUCCUCGAGCUUGCAUCCUUGAUCGUUCUUCUUCGCUAUAAGCCAGAAACUUCACAGUUAUCGUUGUUGAAAUAAAAAAAGAAAAAGAGUUCCUUCGUGGUGACAGGGUCAAUAGUGCGAGAGUGAAGUGCCUGUUCUGUUAGAUGAACGGUGGCUCGACAGCGAGCGCCGAUGACAUCGGUCGUGAGUGAAUCUUCCGCAAGGUGUUCGGGAAUGAUAUAAGUGUGUUCCGAGUGGACGACUGUUCGGGUCGUCGAUCGUUGAUCGUGUUCAGAGAGUAAAAACAAUUCGACGAAAGUGGUUCGCGUGGCGAAGAAGGAAAAGGACGCGACGAUGGCGGAGCGUCCUGGGGGUAGGAGACGUUCGCGUCGCGACAGCGUUGAAACGGGGGGUUCGAUACGCGGCACUCCGCCUGCUUCUAGAGAUCGAAGGACUAAACGAUCGAGCAAACCGUCCAAGGAACGAUGGUUGCUCACGAGAAAGACCUGGCGUUACAUGGCGGAUGCCGGGAGACGUUUGAUCCCCGAUGGUACGCACAAUAGGCCCGAGGAUAUCCCCAAGAUAGAGCAAUACUUCCAGGAAGUAUGCCAAAAAGAGCCGAGAUUUUUGCUCUGGCGCAAGGCUUCCUAUCCCGGAACGUUGGGUUUCCGCUCGCAAAGGCGUCGAAGGCAAAUAAAAGGUGGCAGUUGUAGAACGAAAGCUAGCUCGGCCGACGAGGCGGACGACGUUAGAAAUCCACCUCAAAGUUUUCUUCUUCGAACCACGACUGCCGGCAAGUUCGACCUGGCCAAAGCGAAAAGGGAAUGGUUGCUGGCGUCGGAAGGAGGCAGCACACCCUCGAGUCCUCUGGAGCACAGAAAGUUCCAACAGGAGGACGCCGAGACCAAAGCGUUGGCCGAUAUGUUACAAAAGUACCUGAACAUGCAAAGUGACGUCGCUGGUACGACGAAAUCGAGCGGAAGGUCGGAUGUCUCCGGUCAGCUGGAAGGAAAAGAACCGUUCGAUUAUCAGAGUUUAAUAGAUAAGCUUCAACAACACCUAGACCUGAUUAUCGCCCAGGCGAAACUCGAGGAAUUAUCGGUACAACGAGCUUCCUCGGGUAAGGAAAAAGUACCCAAGUCCAUGCAACCGUAUCAAGGGGAUUACGUUCAUAAAUCGCUUCUGGAAACUAUCGGUCGAUACUACAGUAAAUCUACGACCAGGGAACACGUAAUCUCGGAUAUCUUGACCGAUCGAAAGCUCCUCGAGAAACUGUACUUUGAUCUGAGGUGCACCAGAGGUUUCAGAGGACCACGUGCUACCGGUGCUUACACCUCGCCGUCGAAUCGUUGGUGGACCCAUCAACGCACCAGAUUGCCGACCAAAGAUUCCGAAGAUUGGCUAUCCGUCAGAAGGGAUCCCGUUUCCCUGCCACCUCUGAUAGCCGUACAAGAGCCCAGCACCGAUCGUGGCCCCGUAGACGAUCCCGUCCAAACGGACCCUAUCACUCGCGAAGUCCUCGAUGCCAUCCUCUUAGAGAAAGAGAAGGAAGAUAUGUCGAAAGACACGCCGGUGCAAAAAGCCGGCGGUCGUAGAAGAAGUAGCGUAGACAACGACGACGUGUCACCCUCUGUCAGCGAUACCAUCAAGAGGUACCUUCGUAUGGCACGGAAAAAGUCGAUGGACGCUGACAAAGUGGACAGGUUCAAACGGGUGAAUUACGACAGAAACUUGAGGAAUAUAAAGGCUAAAGGGGAGACUACGAAAGUUAGCGACGACGAGGGUAACAACAAAGGAUGUCAAACCGACGACAACUGGGCCGUUAAUUACAGAGAAAUGUCCUCUAUGGAGAAUCCUUCCGAAAAUCUGUCGGACGCCGACACAACCACUUCGCCACCGAGUAGAAACGCGAGCUCGAGGAGCAGCAUCGACGCUGGCCUCGGCUCGGAAGAACCACUAACCCCGAAACACCAUCAUCAAUCCUUCCUUUCCCAUCUCCUGCACGGUUCCAACGCGCACAAGGAUAAACCCCACUCGGCACCCGGUUCACCGGCACUCACGUCAUCGUCCACCAAUUCCGCAGGUGGCACAGCGAUGCAGAAGAGCAAGUCCUCGAGCAGCGUGGUACAUCACGGCAGCCGGUUGGUGGCCAAGAAAAUCUGGAAGUCCAGGAGUAAGAGCACCUCGAGGGCGUCCAAUCAACCCUCCGUAUGGACACCUCAGGGAAAAUGCAUGUGGGCGGGAACUGCAGGACGACGCGUCACCCUGCAGGAUACUCCCCUUAGGUCACUGUCAGAAAUCGAGAGGAAGGUCCUUUGCAAGGUGGCUGUCGCGAAGCUUCAAGCCCUUAAUUUAGGUGUUCACAUCAGGCCACCAAGUGUAUGUCUUGGUACCAGCGCCGUUGCCGCGAAACCCAAGAGAAGAGCGCCUUUGCUGAAGAGGAAGGCCCUAACGACGGGUUUCUUCGACAAUAAAGGGAAAGACGACAAGGAAAAGGAUUCGUCCGGUGGCCUGGUAUUUGGCAUACCGCUGUCACAGUGUUUAGAGAACGAUAGGAUCGCUAGAAUCGCUGCCGGUGAGGUCUCGGAUGUUGGUUGUCUGUCGAGGAGUAGCAGACACGGCAGUAGAACGAGCUUCACGAGUCUCAUCGAACCGACUGUGGCAGCUAAAACCGACGAGGGUGGAUCGUGCGAUUCUUUGUCGUCGAAAGGAGGAGCUCUAACCGGAAGCGAUUCCGGAGUGCUCGAGCUUAGCGAUAGCGGCGGGGGAGGUCCUCCAGGAGAAUGGGACGCCGUACCUUGUAUAGUCAGGCAAUGUAUCAGGCACUUGGAGAACACGGGACUUCGAACCCUCGGCGUGUUCCGGGUGUCACCCUCGAAGAAGAGGGUGAGACAGUUACGAGAAGAUUUCGAUUGCGGUCGUGAAACGAAAAUCGGACCUGAUCAAUGUCCCCACGACGUGGCGGCUCUGUUAAAGGAGUUUUUUCGGGAUUUGCCUGACCCUCUGCUCUGCAGGGAUUUGUAUCAAGCCUUCGUUCAUACGCAAAAGAUCCGGAACAGGCGACUUCAGCAAGAGGCUCUUCAGCAUCUCAUUCAGCUGCUACCCACGCCGAACCGUGAGACGCUCUGGGCACUUCUCAAUUUCCUCAGCGUGGUGGCGGCGAACAGCGAAGAUCGAAAGAGCGACACGGGAGAAUGGAUGCCGGGGAACAAAAUGGACACCACCAACUUGGCAACGGUAUUCGCACCAAACAUCCUUCACUGUGUGAAACCUGGACAAAGGUCAGAAGUGUCGGCGGAAAGGGCGGAGGAGAGGAUAGACGUGAUAAAUGUGGUGAGAGCACUUUUGGAACACGCUUCGACAUUAUUUACGGUACCAGCCGCUCUUCUAGAUGAAGUGUACCUGCACAUGAUGGACACCCAUCCGGUCGAUCUGGAUCUCGCCCUUUCUCGACGCGCUGAAGAACAAUGCGGGGACGAGGCGGAUCCGUGCAGCGAGGCUGAAACCUUCUCGGUCGAAGAGACGCUGACAACGUCGACGACGACUACCACUGGCACCACCACGUCUACGAGAAAGGUGUGGACCAGGGAGCAGUGUCUCCAUCAAACGGCUGGCGUGGGUGGAGACAUAGGUCCAAGGCCGAGACGACCGAAAAGGCCAGGAAGUCGACGAAAAGAGGAGGGCAGGAGUAACAGCGUGGACAGCGGAUCCAGCGAGGAUCCAGCUGAUCCUCGAAGAAAAUCCUCGCCUAUGGUAAUCACCGCCAGUCUAACCAUACCGAUGUCCGGAGCGUUCACGUUGAACCUCGACGAUCCGGACAUUCCUUACAUCGAGGAGGCACCCAAGCAACCCAGUGCACCGCCCAGAAGGCAAAGGCAGCGAUCGAUUUCCGGUUGCAGCGAAGGUGGAAGGCACGGAAGCGACAGUGCGGUGGGUUCAUCCGCCACUUUGUCCGGCGACCAGGCACCAAGUUCCCCACCGUCGUGGGCGUCGUCGCCACCAGCUAGUCCAGACAGCGCUGUUACCGCCGUUUCAUACAUACCCGAUCAGCAAGCGGUUCUUCAAAGGGUUUCCUUCACUACGUCGAGCGAAGUGCGCCAAGUGAGCAGAUCGAACAACCAGGAGACGUCGAGGAGUAUAGCGGCCCCGUACACGCCGAGCAUCACAAGCAUCGGUGGCGCGGUUCUGAGGUCAAAGACCGCCGACAUCGAGAGGAUGUUACACAUCUCUCGACCCGACACAGGCAUCACCGUGUCGCCGCAAAGCAAGACCAGUUCCACGAACACCUCCUCCGACAGCAAGAAGUAUACCAAGAGACGAUACACGGACUCGAGGCAUCAAACUCGCCACAUCCCUGACUCUGAAACACUGGCGGGCAAGAGUGCGGUAACUGUCACAUCCUCGUCCUCCGUUACGAUCACCUCUUCGUCUUCGGCUACCAGCACACCAAAUCAGCGAGCUGGAGCGCAACCGGUCUGGAAACGACGGGAGCUUAUCUCCAGCGCGCCUAAGGAGAGGGACGGAUAUUUCUGAACGACCAUCCCCAUGAUCGAAUCGAAACCACCUCCAUUAGGCUACGUUUGUUAAUGGAUACAACAAAAGUGAUAUCGUAACGUGCCUUAUUACGUACAGCCAUUUUUUAAGGUCCGUUUAUAUCUACAGACUUUGAACGUGCCAGACACGAGAAAUAUUCUUUAAUACAUUUUUUUAUAUUUUUCUUAUUAACGCUUGUGUGACUUGCACUUCUCAGGCGAGUGAUAGCAUCAAUUAUCAACAUAUAAAAUCUCAUUAAAAUCUGAAGGAGAUAUUCAAUAAAUUCAUCUUAUAAGUGUCUGUCAAUGCGAAUAUUUGGCACUUUCAGUGUCUAAAGAUAUAAAGAAGGAAUCCUGAAGCUGUCCUACCAUUGCCCAAAGGGCAACAACACUCUGGUAAAAGUUUAUCUGAAGAAAUGGUCGAGAUACCCGAUUCGAUCGUUAAAAUGUCCCGAAGAAAAAGAUGAAUAUAGUCACUGCCGUUCAAACGUGGCCUGGCAAAGUGUUCCUUCGACACUGAUUUCUCAGUUAAUGAGGAAUCGUGUAUUACUCGGUGUAUCGUGGGGUGUCUAUUGGUUCCUAGACUACCGUCCUCGCACUCGCAAAGAUCUCUAUUGAUGAAAUAUGCACGACUAUCUAUCUCAUUCUCUAUCGUUAUCUCUCCUCUCAGACUCCUCGAGGAUUCGUCUGCUCUGGUAUCAAUCGGUCAGGAUGUGACCGGAUAGAGGAUAUUUCUACCUUACGGUUUAUUUAUACGGAAAACGAUAGAACAUCGAUCUGUAUCUACGGAUGUAACAUUCUAAUGCAGUAGCGACUGGUUAGUAGCGAUUUGUAAAUUAUUUUUAUUACUUAAAGCGAAAGGGAUUCGAUGUGUCGCGUCGAAUCCUUCGACGAGCCAAAGCUAAGAAAAGAAAACUAGUCCUUGAAACUCGUAUCGGGCCAUUUUAAUCUCUCUCGAUUCAAUCGAAUUCUAUUUUCUAGUUUAUGUUAGAGUACCUUAAUGAUCUGGUAGUUUUGUGAUCUAGCGAUAACGAACGAGAUGAGGCGAACUGAUCGAAUUCUAUCUAUUCUGACACUUUCUUUGUAUCCGUUCAUUUUUGCUCGUUUCUUUCUUCUUCACUUGAAUUCUUCUUGAAUGGCUGUUCGUGCACGUGAAAGGGUUUCGAAACAAAUCCGUGUACUGCCGUGAGGGACGCGUGGCCCGAAAGACGCUGUUGUUCGUCGUUUAAGUUUUCAUUUUCAGUCUGUAAGCCAAUAAAUGAAGGUUAAUUUUUCUACCAA